GAGAGGCGCGGGUCGCCACAAAUUCAAAUUCGAAUUUCGAACUCGUGUUUUUUUUUAGUUCAAUAUUUAAAUUAUUCAUCUGUGGGAUGAUAAACUGGAUGUAAUCUGUGCAACCACCUCAAUAUGAAGUCACUCCUGUUGUUCUGUAUCUUCGCCAUAUCCACAGCAGCUGGAUACCACAUCCUCUGCAUCCAGAAGGCUCCAACCAAAAGUCACAACCACCUGCUUAAGGGUAUCGUGGAUCCUCUGCUGAAAGCUGGUCAUGAGGUCACAUUUAUUACUCACUAUCCAGAUGGAAAAACUGUUAAGAAUCUCAAUAUAAUUGAUGCAAGUCAUAUGAGGAAAUUGAAAGAAGGCAUCGACAUAAUCAACAGUGUGCGAGCUUCGAUAACUCUAGUCAAAGAUUUCGGGAAGAAUCUCUCUCUGGCUUUGCUUGAUACACCAGUGAUACAUGAUGCGGUUGCUAAGGGAAAUUAUGAUGCCGUAGUUACCGAGUGGUUCUUUUCAGAUGUUGAAGCUGGGUACGCCUCAGUUCUCCAAGUGCCCUGGAUCCUCCUCAGCGGUACAGUUCUUUACCCACACUUGGAGUACCUCGUUGAUACAGUCCGGUCCAUUCCCAAUGUCCCGAGCUUUGUGGACAACUACUCUGUACCCAUGACCUUCCGGCAGCGGUUCAUGAAUGCAUUUAUAUUUGUUAUGUCGCAAAUCGAUUAUUACUGGAAUGACUUCCCCUCACAGAAGGCCAUCUACGAGUCGCGAUUUGGUCCCAUCGCUAAAGCGAGAGGCGUCCCCCUCCCCCCUUACGAAGAGGCCUACAGAAACGUGUCCAUAUUGUUAGUAAACUCUCACCCCUCGUUUGCUCCAACUAGGAGCUUACCACCCAAUGUGAUUGACAUAGCUGGUUACCAUAUUGAUGCUACCAUACCACCCUUGCCAAAGGACCUCCAAGACAUCCUGGAUGGAUCACCGCAAGGCGUUAUCUACUUUAGCAUGGGUUCCGUAGUGAAAUCAGCACAAUUAGAAGAGAAAACGAGAAAGGAGCUGAUCAAGGUAUUCGGUGAAGUGAAACAGACGGUGCUGUGGAAGUUUGAAGAGAAAAUCGAUGGUCUUCCGAAGAAUGUCCACGUGAGACCCUGGAUGCCACAGCCUAGUAUACUUGCCCACCCCAACGUUAAGCUUUUCAUAACUCACGGUGGGCUUCUCAGCACUUUAGAAUCGCUACAAUAUGGGGUGCCGUUACUGGCCAUUCCGGUAUUUGGCGAUCAACCCGGUAACGCCCACCGCAGUGUGGUAGCUGGUCAUGCCCUGAAGGUCGACUUCUCACCAGAUAUGGCUCCGAAAUUGAAGGAAGCACUACAUGAGAUGAUGAGAAAUGAUAGUUAUUACAACAAGGCGAAAUACAUAUCAAAAUUAUUCCACAACCGGCCGACAAAACCUACCGACCUGAUCACCCAUUACGUCGAAAUGGCCAUUGAAAGCCAGGGUGCUUACCAUCUCAGGUCGUCAGUAAACCAGUACAAAUGGUAUGAGAACUGGAUGUUAGACAUCAUAUUUGUUAUUUUAGCUGCGUUAUACGUUGUAUUAUAUAUAAUUAAGAAAGUUAUCAAAUCAUUUACGAAGAAAGAGAAGAAACAAAAGAAAAAUUAAAUGUUAUUUAUUUAGAUUAUGAAUUGAAAAUGAAGUUUUUAUGUUUAAUGCACAAUUGUGUACCAACCUUCAAAACGUAAAACGUAUAGGAAU